AUGGCAGCAAUACCCUCAAUAGCCUGUCUAGGCGUAAUCGGUAAAAACAACAACCCCCUCCACAUCUCAAUCUUCCCCUCGGCGCCGACCAACCUCCCGCUCCGCACCCCGCUCCAAUACUCUCUCCUCCUCAGCAGCACUCUCGAUAUCUUCGAGGCGCGCUCCAAGAUCAAUACGAAUUCCGGGGGCGGCCUGUCCGGGGACUUUGGGCUCCUGCACGCCGUGGACGAGCGGCUCGCGGCGUAUGGGUUCGAGACGAACACCGGGGUGCGUUUCGUCGCGGUGGUGGAUAUGAGGGGGAGGGCUGUGGGAGCGGGAGCGGGUGCUGCCAAUGCAGGCGCUGGGGCGAGAGAUGGAGGUCAUUUGGGAGGAUUGGGGUUGAGGGAGGGGGAGAUGAAGAUGGUUUUUAGAGCCAUGCAGGCGGCGUACGUCCGGUUGCUGCAGAACCCGUUCUAUGAUCCUGAUGAGCAUAGCCCGCCGGCGGGGAAAGGAGGGAAAAAGAUUACGAGUAGGAGGUUUGCUGAGGAUUUGCGGAAGAUUGGGGAGGGCUGGACACCGGGGACGGGCAAUCAGUGA